CGGUGGUUUGCGACAGGUUCCCGGUGGCGGGGCCCGGUGGGUGCGAUGGACGUGGGUGAGCUGCUCAGCUACCAGCCUAACAGAGGGACAAAAAGACCCCGCGAUGAAGAGGAAGAGGAAAUCAAAGCACGUCGGAAACAAGCCAGUGCCCGAGAGCAUGGUCGUCAUAGGGAAGAGGAGUCUGCUGCUCUGGAAGAAACUGAUGAUGAGAAGAAGAAACUCCUUCAGAUAAUUGAGAGGGAUGGAGAAGAGGAAGAUGAGGAAGAGGAACCUUUGGAUGAAAGUUCAGUGAAGAAGAUGAUUCUCACCUUUGAGAAGAGAUCAUACAAAAACCAGGAGCUGCGGAUCAAGUUUCCUGAUAAUCCAGAGAAGUUUAUGGAGUCGGAACUGGAUUUAAAUGACAUCAUUCAGGAAAUGCACGUGAUCGCGACGAUGCCCGGCCUGUAUCACCUGCUGGUGGAGCUGAACGCUGUGCAGUCUCUGCUCGGGCUGCUGGGACAUGACAACACAGAUGUUUCCAUAGCCGUGGUUGACUUGCUGCAAGAGCUGACUGAUAUUGAUACUCUCCAUGAGAGUGAAGAAGGAGCUGAAGUCCUCAUAGAUGCUCUUGUGGAGGGUCAGGUUGUGGCCUUGUUGGUCCAGAAUUUAGAGCGCCUGGAUGAAAGUGUGAAAGAGGAGGCUGAUGGUGUCCACAACACCCUGGGAAUUGUGGAGAACAUGGCAGAGUUCCGGCCGGAGAUGUGCACGGAGGCUGCACAGCAGGGCCUCAUGCAGUGGCUGCUCAAGAGGCUGAAGGCUAAGAUGCCUUUUGAUGCCAACAAGCUGUACUGCAGUGAGGUGCUGGCAAUUCUGCUCCAGAAUAAUGAUGACAACAGAGAAUUGCUUGGGGAGCUGGAUGGGAUCGAUGUGCUGCUUCAGCAGUUAUCUGUGUUUAAACGACACAAUCCAAGUACAGCAGAGGAACAGGAAAUGAUGGAGAACCUGUUUGACUCCCUUUGCUCCUGCCUAAUGCUCAGCUCCAACCGUGAUCGUUUCCUGAAGGGUGAGGGUCUGCAGCUGAUGAACCUGAUGCUCAGAGAGAAGAAGAUUUCCCGCAGCAGUGCCCUGAAGGUGCUUGACCAUGCCAUGAUUGGACCAGAGGGCACAGACAACUGUCACAAGUUUGUGGACAUCCUUGGGCUGAGAACCAUUUUCCCUCUUUUCAUGAAAUCACCCAAAAAGAUAAAGAAAGUUGGAACAACUGAAAAAGAACACGAAGAACAUGUCUGUUCCAUCCUGGCCUCCCUUCUGCGAAACCUGAGAGGGCAGCAGAGGACACGGUUACUGAAUAAAUUCACAGAGAAUGACAGUGAGAAGGUUGAUAGGCUGAUGGAACUGUAUUUUAAGUACCUGGAUGCAAUGCAGGCAGCUGAUAAGAAGAUUGAUGGGGAGAAGCACGACAUGGUGCGUCGAGGAGAGAUCAUAGAUGAUGACAUGGAAGAUGAAUUCUAUCUCCGUCGUCUGGAUGCUGGGCUCUUUGUGCUGCAGCUCAUCUGUUACAUCAUGGCAGAGAUCUGUAAUGCCAACGUUCCCCAGAUUCGUCAGAGAGUCCACCAGAUCCUGAACAUGAGAGGCAGCUCUAUUAAAAUUGUUCGACACAUCCUGAAGGAGUACACGGAGAACAUCGGGGAUGGAAAGAACCAGGAGUUCCGAGAGAGCGAGCAGAAGCGGAUCCUGGAUCUGCUGGAGAAUUUCUGAGGACCUGGGAGACACCUCUGUGUCUGCCCACAAGGACGUGGCACCAGUUCUCCCUCCUUCUGCCCCUCCUCCAGCCUCUAUUGCACGAUGAAAGUGAUGUUUCUAUGAAACUGCUUCUAAAUGGGAUUUGGGAGAUAUUAAAGAUAGUUUGCUUUUUUUUUA